CGAUACAAAACAGGUCUGGGCUACAAAAGUAUGGCAGCUGCUGAGGCGGGGGUGGUAUCGUCGUCAUCCUUGAAACCAGACACAGCCCCAGUCCCCGAAAGUGCAGGAAUGGCUGCAGCCACGGCCGCCACAUCCUCAGCGAUGGCUGCAGCCGCGGCGGUUGCGUCCAGGAGCGGAUCCGAAGCCAGGGUCUCCAAGCCCGCGUUGGCUACUAAGCUGCUGUCCCUGAGCGGCGUGUUCGCCGUGCACAAGCCCAAAGGGCCCACUUCAGCCGAGCUGCUGAAUCGGCUGAAGGAGAAGCUGCUGGCAGAAGCUGGAAUGCCUUCUCCAGAAUGGACCAAGAGGAAAAAGCAGACUUUGAAAAUUGGGCAUGGAGGGACUCUAGACAGUGCAGCCCGAGGAGUCCUGGUGGUUGGAAUUGGAAGGGGAACAAAACUGUUGACCAGUAUGUUGUCAGGGUCCAAGAGGUAUAUUGCCACUGGCGAACUGGGGAAAGCUACUGACACGCUAGAUUCUACAGGGAAAGUAACAGAAGAAAAACCUUACGAUAAAAUAACACAGGAAGAUAUUGAAGGCAUUCUACAGAAAUUUACUGGGAAUAUAAUGCAGGUACCUCCCCUCUAUUCUGCAUUAAAGAAAGAUGGACAGAGACUUUCAACUUUGAUGAAGAGAGGUGAAGUAGUAGAAGCAAAACCUGCCAGGCCAGUUACCGUGUACAGUCUUUCCCUUCAAAAAUUCCAGCCACCAUUUUUCACAAUAGAUGUUGAAUGUGGAGGAGGUUUUUAUAUCAGAAGCUUGGUCAGUGACAUUGGCAAAGAACUGUCUUCCUGUGCCAAUGUGCUGGAGCUGACCCGAACCAAACAGGGACCCUUUACCCUGGAGGAGCAUGCCCUUCCCGAAGACAGAUGGACAAUUGAUGACAUUGCACAGUCUCUCGAGCAGUGCUCAUCCCUUCUCCCAGCAGAGAUGGCACUUAAAAAGUCAAAACCUGAGGAGUCUAGUGAGCAAGUUUUGAGCUGUGAGUACAUAACUCUAAGUGAGAUAAAGGGAGAAGAUGAUGUAAUUAAGACAUUUUAAGUUUGGCUUGGGAUUGUCUUCAUUUCCUGGUUGAUAUUUGAAUCCUGUGUGCAGAAUGACAAGCUGUGUGCCAAGACAAACGAUUCUUUUUUUUUUUUUUUUUUUUGCAUGAAGAAAAAUGUCCAUCAUUUAUGGUUUCUACGGUGCACAAUUUAUGUGCUGUACAUUAUAAAUAGCCUUGCAGUUGUUCAGUUCUUGCUGUACUAUAGAAUGUUCUUCUAGGAUGUUAUGUUGUUGUUAGAUUGGAUUCAGGAAAAUCAACUUUCUGAUUCUGAUCUCUCAUCAAAGUCUUUUCCUGUGAAAAAGUUGACCACAUUUUCUAAUCAGAGGAAAAAAAAUGAGCUAAAUAUUUCUUUGGUGUGACAAAGUGAAUGUAUAUUAGUUUCUUUGGCUUUAUUUUGGCUUCCUCGUGACUCUGGUUAUUGAAAUUCCUUAACUAUGUUGGAAAAAGCCAUUAUUUAACUCAUGUUUUAGAGAGUUUAUGAUUAUUAAGAACAUUUCUUUGAUAAGGCUGCACUUAUCUUGGUAAUAGCUGUGUUUGUUUAGAUCUUAGAAGCUAAUAAACUUCUAUCGUAAAUAUUUGUAGAUGAACCAAAUUAUUGCUGCUACCACUAAUGGAAUGUAAAUAGAAGACUAAAUGUUUAAUUAAAUUCACCUCUACUCUCCCAUUAGCAGGACAGCUCCAAUGGCUUAUGUUUUGGCAGCUAUGAGAUAGUUUCCUGGUAAUUUAAUCAAUACAGUCGACCACCCUGUACCAAUUUACUAAAUAACCUAAUUAAAAAAAUUAAGCUAAAGAAUGCCUUCAAUGAAAAACUUCUUUUCUUUAUUCUUUAGUACUUAUUUAUACAUCUUUACAGGGUAUUAAUCCCCAUGAUAUUUUGCUUUCAAUUUGCUCUUUCAAGUGAUGUUUAUAGAUGCUGAGAUUGCUACCCUGCAUUUCCAGUUAAUCCCUUCUGCUCUAAAUGUUUAAAAACAGUUAUUCUCAAACGUUUUCAUUCAGGUAGCCUACUGAAAGUUCCCUGUCCCUCUUUACCGUAGUUUUGAAAACAGUCACGUUCUGAAAUAGUAAAUUUCAUAUGUAAUGAGUGCUUCAUAUUUUUGUUAUAGGAAAGCAAUAUAUAAUGCAGCAUCUGUAGAAAUUUUCAAAUCCCACUGCAUUUAUCCAAAUAAAUAGUUUCAAAAGGA